CCCUCCCCCAGGGUUGUGGCCACGCGCAGCGGCAGCGGUUGUUCCGCUUCCCCUCUGGCCCGGGCCGUCGCCAUUGCCGAAGGCUCCUGCCCUCCCCUCCCUGGCCCGCGGGGCUCUGCGCCUCACGUCCUCGGUAGCGACGGCCGCGCCCCGCGCCGCUCCCCUCCGCCCUGCCCUCCUUCCUCUCUGCCGCCCAGCUCAGCAGCCCUCGCCCGCGUCGGCCCGGCAGCCCGCCCUGGGUCGGGCAGAGACCUUUCCUCUCUGGAGAAAAGUUUUCCAGGGCUCCGGGAGGCUGCGCUUUAGAACACAGCUUAAGGAUCUUCUCAAAGUUUUUGCUUGAUCUUCAGCCAGGAGGCCAUUUCAUAAUUCUGAAUCAUGUCUGAUAACGGAGAACUAGAAGAUAAGCCUCCAGCACCUCCUGUGCGAAUGAGCAGUACCAUUUUUAGCACCGGAGGAAAAGAUCCUUUAUCAGCCAAUCACAGUUUGUUGAAACCUUUGCCUUCUGUUCCUGAGGAAAAAAAACCCAGGAACAAAAUCAUCUCCAUAUUCUCAGGCACGGAAAAAGGAAGUAAAAAGAAAGAAAAAGAACGGCCAGAGAUUUCUCCUCCGUCUGAUUUUGAGCACACCAUCCAUGUUGGCUUUGAUGCCGUUACUGGAGAGUUCACUGGCAUGCCUGAGCAGUGGGCACGGCUGUUGCAGACGUCCAACAUUACCAAACUAGAGCAGAAAAAGAACCCUCAAGCCGUGCUGGACGUCCUGAAGUUCUACGACUCUAACACCGUGAAGCAGAAGUACCUGAGCUUUACUCCACCUGAGAAAGAUGGCUUCCCUUCUGGAACACCAGCACUGAAUACAAAGGGAUCAGAAACAUCAGCAGUAGUAACAGAGGAAGAUGACGAUGAUGAAGAUGCUGCUCCUCCUGUCAUUGCCCCUCGGCCAGAUCAUACAAAAUCAAUUUACACACGGUCAGUCAUCGACCCUAUUCCUGCUCCAGUUGGUGAUUCUAAUGUUGACAGUGGUGCCAAGUCUUCAGACAAGCAGAAAAAGAAAGCCAAGAUGACAGAUGAAGAGAUUAUGGAGAAAUUAAGAACUAUUGUGAGCAUAGGUGACCCUAAGAAAAAAUACACAAGAUAUGAAAAGAUUGGGCAAGGGGCUUCUGGAACAGUUUUUACUGCAACUGAUGUGGCUCUGGGGCAAGAGGUUGCUAUCAAGCAGAUUAAUUUACAGAAACAACCAAAGAAGGAAUUAAUCAUUAAUGAAAUUCUGGUGAUGAAAGAGUUAAAGAAUCCCAACAUAGUUAACUUCUUGGACAGUUACUUGGUAGGAGAUGAGUUGUUUGUGGUGAUGGAAUACCUUGCUGGCGGGUCACUCACUGAUGUUGUAACAGAAACAUGCAUGGAUGAAGCACAGAUUGCAGCUGUCUGCAGAGAGUGUUUACAGGCGUUGGAGUUUUUACAUGCUAAUCAAGUGAUCCACAGAGACAUCAAAAGUGACAACGUGCUUUUGGGAAUGGAAGGCUCGGUUAAACUUACUGACUUUGGCUUCUGUGCCCAGAUUACCCCUGAACAGAGCAAACGCAGCACUAUGGUUGGAACGCCGUAUUGGAUGGCACCAGAGGUGGUUACACGGAAAGCCUAUGGCCCCAAAGUUGACAUAUGGUCUCUGGGCAUCAUGGCUAUUGAGAUGGUUGAAGGAGAACCUCCAUACCUCAAUGAAAAUCCUUUACGGGCCUUAUACCUGAUAGCAACAAAUGGAACUCCUGAACUCCAGAAUCCAGAAAAACUUUCCCCAAUAUUUCGGGAUUUCUUAAAUCGGUGUUUGGAAAUGGAUGUGGAGAAAAGAGGUUCAGCCAAAGAACUGUUGCAGCAUCCCUUCCUGAAACUGGCCAAACCAUUAUCUAGCUUGACGCCACUGAUCCUGGCAGCUAAAGAAGCAAUGAAGAGUAACCGCUAACGUCAUCACUGAGGCCUCAUAUUCUCUUACCUGCUUUCUAAAAGAAGUCUUUUAAUACAUGAAAUUGUUACUCUGAGGGGUGUAAAGAGACAGUCUGCAUCACAUGGAGAAAAACAAAAAGCAAACUACUAUUUUCUAAAGAUGACCAAGAGAAAAUUGCAGUAAGAAAGUUGUGACUUUGAGAUGAGCCCCUGCUUUAGGGUCCAAAAGGAACCAUGGACUGCAUCCCUAGCCUUACAUUUUCCAGCAGACAGCGUUUGACUUUUGCAUACUGUUUUGAUGACUCUCACUACAGUAGAUCCUUGCUCAUUGUCUCCCUUGGAGUAUUUUUCAUACUUGAAUGUCAAAUUCGAGUUUUUCUGAGUAGUUCAUCUGCUGGUCUUACCUCUUUGUAGCCUUCCAUUCCUCAGACCCAUUUCUUUGUAACGUUCCCUUCUCUCAACCGUUCCUUUGAGUUGUUUCUUUGAGUUUUUCUCGUGCCUAAAUUCAAGAUAAAUGUGAUAGAAAUUAUGUAGCUCUUUCUAUUGGCAGAGAAGCUUGGCAUGUUUUAACUUUUCAUAGAAGUUAGGACAGCUGUUGUAUUGUAGUAUUUCAGUUCAGAGCUUAAAGUGAAAGGGGGAAAGUUUGUGAUUUUUACCUUUUUUAACAAAUGUGAAAGAGUCAACUUUUAGAAAUUUCAUGGUAGUGAGUUUGACAUUUGUUACAUGUAUAGAAAGAGGACUAAUAAUCUAUAUUUAUAACUAAAUCAUUGAUAACAGAGAAAAAAAUCCCACUGACACACAUGCUUACCCUUUUGUCUUUUCUGCCUGUUUCUCCUCAGAUUUGGCUUUAGGAACCAAAGUGAUUUGUGUGUUGUUACUGUGGUGCCACUCCCGUCCCUGCUGUUCCUUGGAAAUGAGCGUCUGUGUAUGCUGUGGUUCUAGGUGUCGGUUUUUAUUUGACACACCCCUUAUUUUGCAUACACCCCCUCCACCCUCUAGGGCAAGUAAUAACCAUGAAUUUUCAGAAUUUAAAAGCUAAGGACUUUUUUCUAUUUAAAAGAAAAAAAUAUUUGGGACUAGCAGAAACCAAGUGAGAUUUGAACCUUGGUGAGUUCUAGGCUAGUUGUAAUAAUGAAAUGUCACAGUGUUUCCAGCCCAUUAUCAAUGUUUCACUGUCUGUGAGAAAUGAAAUAGCAAAGUACUUGAUGGGUCAUUUGAGGUGUUGGGUACUCUAGUUUUUGUUUUUCCAAAUGAGUAGAGUAUUCAUUGUUUAAAAAAAAAAAACUGGAGAAAGAAAACUGCAAUGUGUGCAUUGAUAGUAAUACUUUUUAUUUUAAAGAUUUAAUAAAAGGUCUGCGACCUGUAGCGUUAGCUGUUAGCUGCCCUCUCUCCCCUCCUGUCUUUCCUCUUCUCUGCUUCUCCUUGUUGCUUUGUUGUUUUGCCUGUGGAGGAGGUAUUAUUGUCUAUUCUAUGUUCCUGCAACCACAGAAAAGAAAUCUCUGUGGUUGGUUCAGAUUUAUCCCCACCAUCCCCUUUCAACAAAUUCGACACAUGCUUGCCAUUCUGCAUAGUACAAAUCAUGAAUGAAUAAGUUUGCUCUCUGGGGUAUUUGGGGAAAAGGGCGCGAUUUCAUUUCCUGUUGUUCCCAUUAAGAUAUGGGGAUUAGAAGAAAUAGCUAGGUUUUGGUAACGGAAAGGUUUUCUGUGAAUUCAACAUACAGAGCACUUAAUGGCCCGUUCUCCAUGGGGUUUCAUUUUCCCCUAGAUUGUAUUUGUCCUCCUACAAUUGUAACUAAAUCACAGAAACAAACUGGUUUAUUUCUGGUGGGAAGCUGUGCUGCCUCUUGAGUUCUGGAUGUGAGCAUUGUUUGUAAACAUCUGGAUAGAGUGUGCUGAUGAUGCUGCCGACAAAGUAGAAAACCAGCUAGAUGGUGGAACUGGUUGUCUCAUGACUGCUCAAGAAGGCACUCCAUCCUAAGUCAUAGAGACCACAUGGGACACAUGCCAAUCCCCGCCUUACGCUGUGACUCCACAAGGGCUAUUCCCUCAACAGAAGCAGUUUGGGGUUUGUCUUUACAAUUUCUUGGAUGGUUAUUUGCAUGUCCAUUGCUGGCGACGGACUUUGUCAUUCAAACCUGACUCCGAGGUUAAGGGAGCUGCACUGUUGUUUAUUCUCUCCUGACCUGGAUAAACUAACCUGUAAUAGUUAAUAGUAAUGGUUAAUUUUGAGAUGUGUCGUUUUUAAAAAUAAUCUUUAAAGCAAUAUAGAAUUGUGAUUUAUUAGUUAAUUUUAAAUUAAAAUGUUGAGAUCCUGUUGAAAGACAAUUGUAUGAAGUGAGAUUCCUAUUUUUUUUAAAUAAUUGCCUUCUGUAUUCCCUCUCUUUUGUUAUCUCUUAGAGUAAGAAUCCCCACUGGAGCCUCCGUUAGUAGUCCUCCUGUGUCAUUAGGAGCUGUUGCCUUACUGCUUAUAUUUAUCACCUUUACAGGCUUGGUGGUGGCUCCAAAGGUAUCUUCUCUUGUUCUUCUGCUACGUUUACAGAGCACCUUCUGCCUGGAACAGUGAAAAGUAGCGUGGCUGCAGCCUACUACACCAUGACUGGCACAGCCCUGCCUUCAUGCGUUGAGUUCUUGGAAUAAAGUAGGGAUCAUGUAUCUGCCAACAUAAAAUAUUAAGCUGCUUGAAAUGUACCUAGUGACAUGCUGUGCCUCCACAGGCAUCUUUAAGCUCCCUAGAAGUAUUUCCUUAUGGGCUCAUGUGUAUACACUGUGUUCUUGCCAGAUGCUUUCAGACCUUAUCAGACCAUGGUUAGAAUUAAGAGGACAGGCAUUUAAACAGUCUGCACCUGGUUUUGAAUAUGAAAAUGUUACCAUACUGACCUCUGUAAUCAGUAAAUUGUCAAAAUGUUACAGGGCCAUGGAGAGCAGUGAGUGAGGGCAUUUUCUGCUGAGCCUAGUCACAAGAGCCUGAUCCCUAGGACCAACAUGGUGGAAGGAGAAAACUGAUUCCUGCAAGUUGUCUUCUGACCUCCAUGUGCACUCCCGCAUACACACACAGUCUCAGAAUUGUUUUCUCUUUAUUUUUUGAGACAGGGUCUCACUAUAUAGGCCUGGCUAAUUUAGAACUCAUAUAGAUGAGGCUGGCCUGGAACUCACAGGGAUCCCCCUGCCUCUGUCUCUCAAGUAGUGGGAUUAAAGGCAUGCACCACCAUGUCCUGCAUUUAAAGUUUUUCUAAUGUAGUUUCAGACUGUGGUUAAUGGGACUAGAGGUGUAGCUCAGUGGUGAAUCACUUGCUUAUUGUGCCCAAAUCCCCUAGCUUGAUCCCUAACUCCACUAAAAAUAGGAAGGAUCUAGCCACUAUUUGAAAGUAAUAUACCAUUUAAAAAUACCAAAUUUAAAAAUACUGCUAAAAUCUAGUUAAAUAUUUCUUUUUUGUUUUUCUAACAGGAUCUCAUAGCACCAUACAAAGCAGAUUGGUCUUUCUGUCAGCGCUGUUCCUAUAAUAGAUAAUUAAAUGGUUUUUCUGUAGCAUGUAUGUAGGACUUUUCCCCUCCUUUCAGUACGUUCAUUGACCACUCUGGCAAAGAUGAUGCUAGAGUGAGGGAGCAGAUUCAGGCACUGGCCUGGCCUUUAAAGAACUCAAGGCUUUGUUAUUCGCUGCUCUAUGCUACCCAAAGAGCAGAAGAAAAUAUGGUAACCUUGUCAAGUAAGCUCAUUCUGUGUCAAGAAAAACAAAUUGGUUGGAAUUCAGAAAGUAGUCACUUUAUUUAUUUAUUUUUGUUUGUUUUUCUUGUUUUGGUAGGUAGAAGUUGGGUAAAAGUAGCCUGUUUCUGUUCGUUCUCAAAUUUUAUAUUGCUUUCUAUUUUUAAUUUAAUCCAACAUAACUAACUGUACUUUGCUAUUAACUACUGUAUUUGAUGACUAAAUUGUUUUGUUCUUUCAGGGCUAGAAAUAAACGUUUUGUUCUUUCAGGGCUAGAAAUAAA